AUGGACAUUGAUGUAACAAAAUAUCAUUCAAGGAUUGAAUUAUUUGAAAAUAAUGAUAGUGAAUUUAUCGAAAACACCGGAAAUGUCCAACGACGCGUUUUAACACCGCAGGAAAUUGCUAAAACUUUUCGAAUAAUGGCUUAUCGAAAAUGCGAAAGGCAAGCUAGAGGAAGAUAUCGUAGAAGAUCUUUGACAAGAAUAUUCUGGUUUAUAAUGUUUAUGAUGUUAUUCUUAUCAUUAAUGGGUGCCGGACUUGGAGGACAGUUAGAAAAUAUCAGUGCAUGGAAACGAUGGCCCGAAUUUGGAACUUUGCUUACUCUCUUUCUGGUUAUGAUGUACGUUUAUUACAAGAUAACUGAAGUCGUUAGAUGGUGUUUUUACUGGCUAGCAAUCGCUACCAUAAUUCUUUUGAUUAUAAAUCAAGGAUCGAUUGUAAAUGAAAGAAAAUCAGGUUUUGCUUCAACGUAUGAAACUCGUUUGGUUUUGAUUAUUCUUGGAGUAGUUGAAGCAUUGACAUUAAUAAUAUGGAUAUUAAUACGUUAUGGUUAUCCAAGGAUAGUAAAAGACGCUUAUUGGCUCGAUACUAUUUGGUGGUGGUGUAUUAAACAAGAAGAUAACAGGGGUAUUGAAGGCGCCACUGUAGGAUGUUUUCGUUAUUUCGGUUGGGAAAGUUAUAGUCUUUGGUUUAGACAUGGUAAUAUCAAGUAUGUUGGUGAGGUGGAUGAAGAUGGUUUUCCUCAUGGUCUUGGUGAAUGGGUUGAUGAUUCAUUCGAUGGUGAAUGUUUAAAAGGCAUUUGGGAACAUGGUGUUCCUAUUGGACCAUUUCACUCGAGAGGUUCAGGCACUGGUGACGCGUUUCAUUCUGUUCGUGUAGGGCUAGUGAAAAAUCGGCACACAAUUUGGGAUGAAUGGAGACUUUUCCCUAACCCAUAUCAAAGUGGAAUUGAUUCUGGUGUAGCAUCUGUUGAAUGUUCUGUUUCUGGAAAGUAUCUAAAGUAUCUCCCACGUGCAACUAUGAUUAUACCACCAAAGUUUGAAGAUCCUUCUCAAGAUGAUAAUGAGAGUUAUAUAUCUCCAAUUGAAUAUUGUCUCGGAUGUUUACAAACAUUUGCUUCUGCAAUGGGUCCUGAUUUUGCUGUGAAAGAACAUUCUUCUGUUAUAAUAAGACUUUCUGAUAAUGGUUUAGCUAUCACUGGUUAUUUUCCUGCUAGUUCAACUACAUCCAAGAAUGAGGUAGUUGUUAGAAGAGUGCCAAUAAAGGAUAAGUUGGAUUCUUCUAAAACUGAUUACAUUAUUGAAAUUGACGAUUGGCGUCCAUCAGGUAGCAUCUCAUCAGGUUCUAUGAAUAGAAAUGGCAUGCUUAGAAGUUCUCAGGAAUGCAUUAUUUUCAUUCACGGAUUUAAUUGUCCAUCAAUAUUUGCAAUGGAAACAUUAGGUCAAUUUCUAGCUCUUGCCGAUUUACCUAAUUACAUAAAACCAUUUGUAUUUUCUCCUCCUGGUACAAAUUCAUUAUGGUACUUUGGUUCAAAAAAAAUGGGUUGUUCUGAAGAUGCUGUGAAUGAUUUUCGAACAUUUUUACAAAAACUUUGUAAUGCUGGUUUUUGUAAUGUACAUAUUAUGGCACAUUCAAUGGGAUGUACACUUGCACUUGAAUACUUAAAAAGUUUUGAUGGAUUAUUUCAAACUUUUCAAACUGUUGCAAAUUAUCCAAAGCUUAUAAAUUAUUGUAAUCAUAUAACUAUUUAUUCCAAUUCUCGUGAUUUACCUCUCAAAAUUGGUGAAUAUUUAGGUAAUGAUAAAUCAUUAGGAUUACAUACUUCUGAUUUAUAUUAUAAUAACAAAUUAAUGGAUUUGGAUUUAAUUGAUACUACUCAAUUGGAUGUGAACAUUCAUAAGAUGAGACAUAAUUUCUUUAAUUUAAAUAGAUUAUUGGUUGAUGAUUUAUCUGAUAUAAUUGUAUUUGGAAGGCGUGCAGGAGAAAGAAAAACUAGAUUAAGUCGUAAAUAUGUUGGACGUGAGAGUGUUGUGUAUACAUUCUUAGUUGCUCCGAGUUACGUUGUUAAUAAAUAA